CUUUCCUGAGAGAGAGAGAGAGAGAGAGAGGAUUUGAUGUCUCUGGCGUUUACAGAUCCUACCAUGGAGGAAGGGUCGAAUUCACAGGCGUUAUCUGGACAUUCAUACGAUGUUUUUCUGAGUUUCCGAGGGCCAGACACCCGUUAUCAAUUCACCGAUUGUCUUUAUAAUAACCUGGAAGAGGCUGGGAUCAUCAUCUAUAGGGACACUGAAUCCCUUCCUGUGGGUAAAAAAAUUCGUGAGCUUCUACCGGCGAUUGAGGACUCCAAGAUCUACAUUCCCAUAUUCUCCAAAACUUAUGCUUCAAGUCCCUGGUGCCUUCGAGAGCUCGCACACAUGGUUGAGUGCACCUCGAAAUCGAACGAGAACAAAGAGAUUCUACCCAUUUUCUUGGAUGUGGAACCUGAUGUCGUCAAGCUCAGAACAAACGAACUUGAGCCAAACUUAUAUAGGCAAGCUCUUUCGGAGCACCAGAAGGAGUUCUCCGCUGAGGUAAAGUCAUGGGAAAAGGCUCUCAUUGAGGUGGGCAAGAUAAGGGGAUGGAACUGGCAGGAACAGGAACAUAAAGGCCAAGGAGAUCUCAUCCGGUCUGUACGUCGCACUGUUUUGGUUAAGCUGAAGGUCAUAUAUGAAAAUGUGACGAAAGAUUUAGUUGGAGUUGAAGAUCGUGUAGAAGCUAUAAUCAAAAAGCUGGAUUUGAAGUCUGAUAGGGUACAAUUUCUAAGAAUCUAUGGAAUAGGCGGCAUUGGCAAAACAACACUUGCCAAGGUUGUUUUCAACCAACUACUUUCUAGUUUUCACCAUUGUUGUUUCCUCGCGGACGUUGGGGAAUUGUCACGACGCCAUGGAGUGGUAUAUUUGCAAAAGCAAUUGUUAAAAGAGCUCCUUGAUUCUCAUUCUAGCGACCAAAUUUAUAGGGAGAAUUGUGUGAUCAACAUGAUUACGAGAGGAGUACUUAGGAAUAAAAAAAUUCUCAUCGUUCUUGAUGACGUGGAUGAGGAAGAGCAACUAAGAAAUCUAGCAGACAGAGGUGAUUGGUUUGGUUCUGGUAGUAGGAUUAUCAUAACUACUAGGUACCGAGAUAUCCUAAAGAUUGAGGGAGAAGCAUCAAGUGAAGGCCUUGUAAAAAAGUCUGCAAAAAUUUUGACUUAUGAAGUAGAGGUGAUGCAAGAACAUCAUGCUCUCAAGCUUUUCAGUAGGUAUGCCUUUAGAAGAGACUAUCCACCAAAUCAUUGUGUCUCCCUUUCAAAAAAUAUUGUCCAUAUUUUGGGAAAGCUUCCUUUAGCUCUUGAGGUUGUAGGUUCCUCCCUUAAUGGUAAACCUGAAGAUUUUUGGAAAGAGACGUUGAAGAAGCUACAAGAUGCUCCUCAUAAAAGAGUCCGAAGUGCAUUGAUGAUAACUUAUCAAAGGUUAGAUAAUGCACAAAGGGAAGUAUUUAUGGAUAUAGCUUGUUUUUUCAUUGGUGUGGAUAAAACAUACCCUUUUUACAUGUGGGAUGCCCUUGGAUACUACCCACGCAAUGCCAUUGACGCCCUCUAUCUCAUGUCCUUGAUAAAAAUCAAGGAUAAUACUUUUUGGAUGCAUGACCAAGUGCGGAUCUUUGGAAGGGAUAUCGUUUGUGAAGAGAAUUUCAAAUAUCCCUACGAACGUAGUAGAGUGUGGCAUCCUGAGAACGCCAUGACCAUUUUGAAGCGAAAAGAGGUAAAUACUAAAAUAGAAGCACUGUCGUUAGGAUUUCAUGCAGGCAUUCUAAAGCAUGAUCAAUUUGCUAAUUUACAAAACCUGAGAUUCUUCCAAGGGGAUGGAGUGUUCUUUGAAGGAAACUUCAAUAAUCUUCUCUCCAGUUUAAAAUGGCUUUCUUGGCGACAUUGCCCUUCCGAGUUUAUGGCAACCAACUUUCAUCCGACUAAUUUAGUCGUUCUUGACAUUUCAUGGAGCGAUAUUACGGAGGCGUGGAUUGGUUGGAACUAUAUCAGAGGGGCAAGUAAACUAAAAGUACUAGAUCUCAGCAACUGCAAAUACUUGACGAGAACACCUGAUUUGUCUAAGUUGGUGUCCUUGGAGAGAUUGAUUCUUGAAGAUUGUUGCAACCUAAUUGAAAUUGACCCAUCCAUUGGUAAAUUAGAUUCCCUAAUUGCUUUGAACUUGAAUGGUUGUCAGUCUCUUCAAGAGUUGCCUGAAGUAAUAGGAUGUCUACAACAUUUGACAGAGAUUGUCAUGCCUGAUAUAUUGGAUAAAUUUAUACUUCCGGAGACGUUUGGUAAAUUGAAGUCAUUGUUGACCUUGGAUGUAUCACAAAGGCAGAUUAGCAAACUGCCAUUCUCGAUUGGAGGGCUAGUGGAACUUACCCGGUUGAAUUUAUACCAGUGUACAAAGAUAAAGGAACUUCCAGACUCAGUUGGAAAAUUACAAUCAUUAGUUGAGCUGGAUUUGUCAUGGACAAGUAUUGGUCACCUACCUGAUUCAAUCGGCGAUUUGAAGCAAUUGAAAGUGCUUAGGAUGAGCCAUAUAAUUGGGAUUACAAAAUUACCAAGGGUGAUUGGGCUUAUGGAGAAGCUUGAAGAGUUAGACGUUAGUGAUUGUUGGAACUUGGUUGGCGAAAUCCCUGAAGAAAUUGGGAGUUUGUCUUGUUUGAAGGUCCUAGACUUGUCAGACACACAUAUAUGUGGACUACCAAAUUCAAUCGGCAGUCUAAAGCAACUGAGAGUACUUAGGAUGAGCCACAUAAGGGGGAUAACAAAAUUACCAAGUGCGAUUGGGCUGGUGGAGAAGCUUGAAGAAUUAAAUGCUAGAGGAUGUCACAGCUUGACUGGUGAAAUCUUUGAAGAAAUUGGGAAAUUGUCAUGUUUGAGGAUCCUAGACUUGUCAGACACACAUAUAUGUGGACUACCUCAUUCAAUCGGCAAUCUAAAGCAACUAAGAGUACUUAGGAUGAGCCACAUAAGGGGGAUAACAAAAUUACCAAGUGCAAUUGGGCUGGUGGAGAAGCUUGAAGAAUUAAAUGCUAGAGGAUAUCAAAACUUGACUGGCGAAAUCCCUGAAGAAAUUGGAAAAUUGUCAUGUUUGAGGAUCCUAGACUUGUCAGACACACUUGUAUCUGGAUUACCCACUACUGUCAGUCACCUCUCUAAUCUCCAAACACUUAGUCUAGAAUCAUGUCCUAGGAUUAAACAGUUGCCAGUGCUUCCCUCAAGUUUGACUUGUCUGAGAUAAGCCACCAAUAGACAUGCUAUAUAAAAGCUGGAGAGUGUCGCAGCUCCUGUGACUAGCAUCGGUACCGUAUCUCUUCAAGAAUAUGCAACCUCCCCAGCUCCUGUCUUGUUUAAGAGUUAGAACUUUGACAUUUGACAACCACAAGAUCACCGUACUUCUCCCAUUUGAGAAACUUGCUAAUCUUGUGAUUCUGUAGUUGUUCAGUGUCGGACUUAUAUGGUAUAUUCGUUGAGGAGUUGGAGGCCCUCUCUGUGCGGAAGUGCUUAUUUAGAAUUCUCGAUGCACUUGUCUUAGUUGGAAAUGGAAAGAUAAAGCUAUUUAAAGAUGCUUUGUGCAAUGUACUCCAAAAAGGUUGUUGCACAUUAAGAAUCUGCAAGAGGUAGAUCUUUUCGGAUGCAAGUUAGUCGUGGUCUUGAAGAAUUGGGAUCCCUGUGCUUCCUAUUGGCCGUGGAUUGCAGUACCAUGGAAAGGAUGUCGGACCUAUUGAAAUUGAGAAAGUCAAGGAAGCUCAGAGUACUAAAAUGUCCAAAGCUAAGAAGUUUAGAAAGUCUAAACCACUUGGAAUCUUUGAAGAGGUUGUGGAUUCACUAUUGCAGGUCCUCGGAGAAUUUGGCAGAUCCUCGGAAUUGGAUUUAGAAUGUUCUAGUAGUGAGCGUUGCUACUUGCUAGCAGUUGCCAAACCGUGAGAUUUAUUGUAAAGCGGGCAGAUUCGAGAGGAAAGGCCAAAACACUUGCAAGCUCAGAGGCUUACCGAGACAAUUGGAGAAGAUAGUGGACCGGAGAGGAAGGUCCAGAGGGAUGAUUCUGCUUUUCGCGCUUCCUGCUCUGAGCAAGUGCUAGAGUCUCGAGAUGAAGCCUCUGGUCGCUGCCGCCUCCUCACCACCAACCCGCUGGCUUAUUUGAGGCCGACGUGCUCGAUUGUCUUCUCUCUUCCAUCCAUCAUGUCUGGA